UAGAACAUUGCGACCUUCCCCUGUCAAUCCUUUCUUCCAUAUUCAUACUCACGAUCGAAUCUACACAGACUCGCUCAACUCAUUAUACCAUUAUACCAUUAUCCCACAAACACAAACAACCCAACACAUCCAGCCAACAUGGACCGAGCCAGAGAAGAAGUCAGCAAGCUUACUGGCAACCGCGGCCACACAACCGAGGUCGAAGAGAAUGUCAGGGCUCCCGUCACCCAAGAAACAAUCCGGCCAACACAACAAGAAGAGAUCACUACGGCUAAGCAAAGAGAUGUCCACCAAGACCACUACCACACCACCGUCCAGCCAUUGACUGAUCGAGAGGUGUUGCCAGAGCAGCACACUCAUCAGAUGGCUGCCGCCGAGGAGAGAGAGUUCCACCACGGCAACCAUGAUGAGGAGCGCCGCCGUCUCGAGCAAGAUCAAGCCCGAUUCCAAGACAGCCGCCAGGUUGAGUCCACCUCAGUCAGCCAAUCCCAGCGUAACGUCGAGGGAGAACAUACUCACCACCACGUCCACGAGAAUGUCCAGCCCAUCGUCCAAAAGGAGACAAUCCAGCCUGAGGUCGUGCACACCACUAAGCCCAUCCACGAAGUUCACCACAGCUCCAGCCAAUUCCACGGCCAAUCCGUCCUCCCAACCAAGAGCUUAAAUGAGGUUGGUGGUGAGAUUCCCACCGGCAGCACCGGCUCGGUCGAAACAUACGAGGGUGUUCCCCGACAAUACAACCAGAAAUUCCAAGUCGAGCAGACCGAGACCGAUAAAUUCCCAGAUAAGAAGGGAGUUGAUGGUCCAGGUUCGCACCACACCGGCGGUACCGGAUUGGCAGACAACGAAGAGUUCAUCGAGGAAGAACACAGAGUCAGACGAGGUGGAAACACUACUGGUACCACUGGUACCACUGGUUCUACCGGCACUACCGGCACGUCUGGUUACACUGGCACCAGUGGUGCUGGCGGUGUUGGCUCCGGCUCGCAGGGAUACGAGCAAGGGAGAGGUGAGGAUCUCUACCGUGGCCAGCAAUCAGGCAUCAGUGGAACUAGCGGUGUUGGCUCUGGCUCUCAGGGAUACGAGCAGGGUACCGGUGAGGAAUCCUACCGCGGCCACCAACAAGGCCUCGGUCAAGACCAGGGUGGUCUCCUGAAAGGUGGAUCAUCUACCUCGAGAAGUGAGCAGCUUCCAGGUGAAUCAACAGGAACUUCGGGUACGGGUACUUCGGGACACAAUAAGCCCGGUCUCCUGGACAGAAUCAACCCCUUCAAGGACACUGAUGGAGAUGGAAAGAAGGGUAUCAUGGACUAAGCAGCCAUACUGUAGCUGUUGUCCUGUAAUUAUAUAGUCAAAAUGAAAAAGUAUUAUUCUUCAGUCGA